AAAAGCCCAAGGCGCAAGCGAAGCAAAUCACCCAGAAUUUGCCCACCUCUCGGGUAUCCUCAACGCAAUCAGACAGCAGCAAGCAUACAAGAGCCAGAUGCAGCAGCAGCAACUUCAUCUGCAGCAGCAACAACAGCAACAGCAGAGAGCUCAGCAACUCCCCGUAUCGCAAAACGGUGCAGCUCAGCUUAAUGGCCGCUCACCUGCUCACCCCCAACACGCAAAUAACAUCGCUUCUUCUCUACAACAGCGCCCUGCCGCUGACUGCCCACCAUCGACAAAUGGGGUUGGAGUCCCUCAGCCGUCCCCGGUACCCUCGGCGCUCCCGAAGAAUGCGAGCAGCCCUAAUUCAACUUUUACCCAAGACCAGCUCGGUAUUCUCAGAAAUCAGAUCAUGGCCUUCAAGAUGAUUUCGAAAAACCUUGCGGUCCCUCAAUUGAUUCGGAGCGCGAUAUUCUCCUCAUCCGUUCCCAAGCCAGACGCCGUUGGUUCCGAGGUCGCCGCAGCCAACGCCGUUGUCGACCCUACUGCUAAGGAGGAGGUUGAGGCCGAGAAGCCUGAAGCUCCUAAAAAGAGGCGAUCUGGAUACGAAACAUUCACAUCUCCUUGGGCUAGUCUCCAGCCAAAGAUCAGCUAUCACGAUCAUGGAUCCCGGGCAAAGAGGUUAAUGAUUCCUAGUAUCAUGCCCUCGGGCAUCGAUGUUUCGCUACUACAGGAUGAGCGCGAGCGUGUGAUCUUCAAUCGGAUUAGCGCUCGUAAGGCUGAGUUGGAAAACUUGCCUAGUAAUAUUGGGGAAGUUGAUACCAGGAAAACCUCUGCUGUUUUCACAGAUUCUCUGAAAUUAAAGGCAUUGAUUGAGUAUAAAGCGCUAUGUUUGUUGCCAAAGCAGCGCGCUCUCCGACAGGAGAUGGUCAAUUCGAUGGUGCAUGCCGAGAACUUAGCUGUCACAUCUAAUCGUGCCAUGUUUCGUAGGAGGAAGAAACAAUCCUUGAGGGAAGCCCGCAUUACUGAGAAGCUGGAGAAGCAACAGAGGGAUCAGCGCGAGCAACGUGAGCGGCGCAAACACCAAGAAUACUUACAGGGCGUCAUCGCGCACGGGCAGGAGAUUAAAGCGGAGGCUAGGGCUAGGGAUGCCAAGGCACAGAAAUUGGGGCGCAUGAUGUUGCAGCAACAUCAACAUAUGGAGAAGGAAGAGCAAAAGAGGAUGGAGCGAACUGCCAAGCAGCGUCUAUUGGCGUUGAAGGCUAACGAUGAAGUUGCAUACCUUAAAUUGCUUGACCAGGCCAAAGAUACCCGUAUCACGCACCUCUUACGGCAGACCGAUUCUUUCUUGGAAUCUCUCGCUGCAAGCGUCCGACAACAGCAAAGGGAUGCCGUUGAAACGUACGGAAAGCCAGAGGGUUACCAAGAGCCCGAGAGUGAAGAUGAAGAGGAAGACUCCACCGGUGAAAAGAUUGAUUACUACGCUGUUGCGCACCGUAUCCAGGAAAAUGUUACCGAACAACCGACGAUAUUGACCGGAGGAAAGCUCAAGGAUUACCAAUUAAAGGGCCUUCAGUGGAUGAUUUCACUGUACAACAACAAUUUGAAUGGUAUCCUGGCAGAUGAGAUGGGCUUGGGAAAAACCAUCCAGACAAUUUCGCUGAUUACUUACCUGAUUGAGCGGAAGAAACAAAAUGGACCUUUCCUGGUCAUCGUUCCACUUAGUACCUUGACUAAUUGGAAUCUUGAAUUCGAGAAAUGGGCCCCAGGAGUUGGAAAGAUUGUUUACAAAGGCCCUCCCGCUGUUCGAAAGAAUCAGCAGUAUGACAUUAAAUUUUCGAAUUGGCAGGUCCUCCUUACGACCUAUGAAUACAUCAUCAAAGAUCGCCCACUUCUCAGCAAGGUGAAGUGGAACUAUAUGAUCAUUGACGAAGGCCAUCGAAUGAAGAAUAGUCAGUCGAAGCUCAGCGCUACGUUGACAACAUAUUACAACUGUAGAUAUCGUUUGAUUUUGACUGGUACCCCGCUCCAGAACAAUCUUCCGGAGUUGUGGGCUCUAUUGAACUUCGUUCUGCCAACAAUCUUCAAGUCCGUAAAGAGCUUUGAUGAAUGGUUCAAUACUCCGUUCGCGAAUACCGGUGGUCAGGACAAAAUGGAACUCACUGAAGAAGAGGCGCUGCUGGUUAUUCGCCGUCUCCAUAAAGUUCUCCGGCCCUUCUUGUUGCGUCGUCUUAAGAAGGAUGUGGAGUCGGAGCUGCCGGACAAGGUCGAGAGGGUCAUCAAGUGCAAGUUUUCUGCACUUCAACAAAAGCUAUACCAGCAGAUGAUGAACAAUGGCAUCCUCUACGUGAAUGAACCCGACAAAGGUGGCAAAUUAGGUGUGAGGGGCCUCAGUAAUAUGAUUAUGCAGCUCCGUAAGCUCUGUAAUCAUCCAUUCGUCUUUGAGGAGGUCGAAAGCGCCAUCAACCCCACAAAAGUGAACAACGAUGCACUAUGGCGUACGGCCGGAAAGUUCGAGCUACUUGAUCGGCUGCUCCCGAAAUUUUUUGCUACGCGGCAUAGGGUUUUAAUGUUCUUCCAAAUGACACAAAUCAUGAACAUUAUGGAGGACUUCCUUCACCUCCGAGGAUUUCGGUAUUUACGACUCGAUGGUUCUACCAAGGCCGAUGACCGUUCUGCUUUGUUGAAGGAAUUCAACGCACCCGAUUCUCCUUAUUUCAUUUUCUUGCUCUCGACCCGUGCUGGCGGUUUAGGGUUGAAUUUGCAAACAGCCGAUACAGUCAUCAUUUACGAUUCUGAUUGGAACCCCCAUCAAGAUUUACAGGCACAGGAUCGUGCCCAUCGUAUUGGGCAGAAGAACGAGGUCCGAAUCCUUCGAUUAAUUACAUCAAAUUCAGUCGAAGAGCGAAUUCUUGAGCGCGCCCAGUACAAGUUGGACAUCGAUGGAAAGGUUAUUCAGGCCGGAAAGUUUGACAACAAGUCAACCAAUGAGGAGCGAGACGCAUUAUUACGUGUGAUGCUAGAAGCCGACGAAAAGGAAGUUGGGGAUAGUGAGGAACUCGAUGAUGACGAGCUCAACGAGAUUAUUUCUCGCAAUGACAAUGAAUUAACCCUGUUCAAGCAAAUGGACAUUGACCGCGAGAAGAACUCCUUAUACGGUAAAGGAAAACCUCUAGACAGGCUAUAUACCGAGGCCGAGUUACCAGAAAUCUAUCUCCACGAUGACCUCAUUCCUAUUGAAGAGCCGACGGGGCCUGUCGGUAGGGGUGCUCGUGAGAGAAAGGUUACUAAUUAUGAUGACGGCUUGACAGAAGAGCAAUGGCUGGAUGCGAUUGAUAAUGAUGAUGAUACAAUUGAGGAUGCUGUUCGGCGCAAGCGUGACAGAAUUGAGCGGAGGCAAGUAAACAAGGCAAAACGGGCAGGUGAAUUGUCUGAAAGCUCUCCACCACCGGAGAGUCCUGGAGUUGAAGAUACGCCUCCCGCAGUGCAGCCUAAACGAAAACGUGGCCGCAAGCCAGCUGCCGAAAAGCGCCGUAUCGAAGAGGUCGAGGAACCAAAAAUACACCCCCGGAAACGACAACGCACAGUCAAGGGUUACGCUCCGCCGGAUGCCGUCUCCCCCGGAAACCGCGCGAUGCUGCAGAGAUCAUGUGAAGCAAUCUUCGACGCAGUCCACAGCCUUGAAGACCCAGAAACAGAACGUGUCCGUUCCGAGAUCUUCGAGAAGCUACCAAGUAAGAAGCUAUUUCCUGACUAUUACCACAUCAUUGGACGGCCGAUAUCCUUCAACGAGAUCAAGAAGCGUAUUAGAAACGGCGAUUAUCUGGACCUCGAGGGCUUCCAUGCCGACUUUAAACUAAUGUUCAAGAACGCUCGCACGUAUAACGAGGAAGGCUCCAAGGUCUAUGAAGAUGCGAAUGCCAUGGACGCCGAAUUUGAUCGCCGCUAUGCUGAAGAAAAGAAAACCCUGGACGCUCUCACAAACCCCGAGCACUCCUCCGUCGCGGGAGACGGGACAUCCACAGGUCCUAUCUCUAGCGCUGGGACCCCCGCCGCUGUCGCCAAUUCGACAGGCAACAACGGCACACCCCGCAUUCGAAUAAAAUCCCGCGCAACAGCGGCGGUGGCCACCACCACCACAACGGUCGCAAGCAGAGCUUCUCCACCAGAGGACGAUGAAGGUGACAGUGAUGAUUCGGACUAGAAGCCCGCGAGCAGUGGUGACUAAGAAAAGUGGUUUUGUGGGGGUGGAAUCAAUAUGUGGGGGGUUUCCUCUAGUCAAGGCUUCUUUUCCUUUCUGCUUUUUUACCCUUGCUUUCUUUUAUUUCACCCCUUAGUGGCGGUUUUUUUCCUUCCUAGUAUGGCGGUAGAAGUUGUUAGUUUGAUGGUUGGUCUCUUUGCUUCGCUGUUACCUUUUUUCCCUUCUGUUCUUUCCCGCGUUUUUCACGACUUUUGACCGCUGAGUCUGAGUGGGGUUUGUAUGAUAUAUUAUUUCCAGUUUUAAAUUAUCGUCAGAUUGAUUGAGAUGGCGAAGGUAGGAUAAGAUGAGAUGAGAAGGGGCGGAAAAUGGGUCGCCCUGUGUUUGUUGGAUUCUUGUAGCUUAAGCCCGAGAAAAUACACCGAGUUUUUAUCUGUUAA